AUGCAGAAUGCGGAAACCAUAGAAGAGGAAGUUCUGUCAACAUCGAUAACCGAGGAAGGUGGUAACACAGAUACUGUUAUGACGCCGCAAAUGAUUUCGCUUAAAUGCCGUGGUCAAUCCGCUUUUUCGUACAAAAAACGGGAUUCUUCAAACUAUAAUACAAAGUGUUCGUACUUUAUCGAACCAAUGGAUUGGAUAUUUGAUGAUGAUGACCAAGAAAAAAAUGCCGGUGAGAGUAAUUUGGAAGGGAAGAUCAAGUGUCCAAAGUGUAAAUUCAAAUUGGGGAAUUACAGUUGGGCCGGAAUGCAAUGUUCUUGCGGAACUUGGGUAACCCCUUCAUUUGCUAUUCACAAAGAAAAGAUUGAUGAAGUUUAUUCUUGA